AAAUAACAUCAACACACACGUUAUUUCUUAUUAUUUCCAUGUUUUCAACAUAAAAUCUAUUAUUAAUACUACAUAUUCCUGCUAUUUUUAUAUAAUUAAUAGUUAAAAAAUGUUACCUGACGUAGAUAUAUUGUAUUUAUGUAAUUUUGAUGAACAUAACAUCUCAACUGACAAUGAAAUUGUCAAUAAGUUGUGGUCAGCCGAAUGGUCGCUGGUAAACCAAGAUAUUUGUAAAGAAAUACUUGCGACAGGACUUGAAACAGAACCCCUGUUGGAACUGAUAAAAAAAUAUACCGACGAUGAACAGGCGCUAGAAAAAAUCCGCCACAUAGCUAUUACCUCAUUUUUAACAUUUUGCAACCAGAAUUGGAGUCCACAUCCAGAAAACAAAGAUUUAAAUGAAUAUUUUGGAACAGAAUGGCCAAGUAACAUCGAUAUAAAAGCGAAAAUGCAACGCGACUCGGAACCGAUUUAUGUGAACAUUUUACACCCUGAGUUGUUAUAUUUUGUUACUCAGAUCUUCACUGCCUUGUUUUCAGUUAAGCAAAACUUGUUGCACUUAUGGUGGUGUUUCAGAAGUAAAGUAGCUCACCAGAGAGCUCUUGAGGACACAAGUGCCACUUUGUACUCAGAACUGGAGCUGAUGAUGGCGAAACUAACUAAUGAGCUGCAGAGCUUACAAGACAAGCCCCGACUGAGUAUAUUAUUGAACCUGGAGAUAGCACAAGCUUACCUAAUAUAUGGUAGAGUGCAGAAAGUUGAGGAGUAUCUUCUGAAGGCAAGAGAUUUAGCUGGGCUAAAGCUGGAAUUGACAGGUAUUCUAGGCAAAAGAACUAAAUUCCAGCAGACAGCAUUGCCCCAAUUAGCACUAUCCAGUGUGCUAGAUGCAAAUGUUGACCGUCCAUCAGCACAGGAGAGUCACGGCGACUCAGAACUGCCACCAGAGGUGGAACUACAAGAUGAUGUGAGGCUAGACAAGAUCCAAUAUAAUGAGGAAAUCAGGACUGCUAACCUGCCAAGCUUGGAGCAGACUCUAUGUUUGCUGACUAUACAAUAUCUCCAAAAAUCACAGCCAAAAGACGACCUUACGACGGAAGAACUUCAGGCUUACAUACAAGCUAUUCUGUCGCAAGAUAAAGGGCCAUGGUCCACACGCGCUGCUGCUCUCCUCAUCAGGUGUAAGCUGGAGGCCACACACAAACGCACCGUGGAGAGAGCUAUGCUGCAGUGCGAAACCAUUGUCAAUGAUAAGGCUGGUGUGGCGCCUACUAGCAGGUUGUCAUACCUAUGGGCGUCAGGUCUGCAGCCGGCGUGGACGUGGAGGCAGCAGCUGGCGGACCUGUACCUCAGCCUGGGGCUGGUGAAAGCCGCCCUGGAGCACUACCUGGCUCUACAGCUGUGGGAAGACGUCAUCGUCUGCUAUACUUGCCUGCAGCUAAGGCAUAAGGCAGCCGAAAUAAUACGGCAACAGAUCGAAAUUGAACCCACUGUGAAACUGUAUUGUCUUCUUGGUGAUGCAACAGAUGACGUAUCGUGCUUCGAAAAAGCGUGGGAGUUUUCGAACCACAAGAGCAGUAGAGCGCAAAGGCAUUGGGGGAACUUCCUGUUUGACCAUAAGAAGUAUGAAGAAUGCAUUCCACAUUUCGAGAAGUCUGUGGAAAUCAACUCUAUACAAGAGGGUGUAUGGUUGAGAUUGGGCUACGCGGCUCUAAUGACGGACAACUGGGAACUGUCAGCCAAAGCGUAUCGUCGGUAUACAUACCUGCAACCGAACUCAUUCGAGGCCUGGAACAACCUGGCCAAGGUAUAUGUGCAGCAGGGAGACAAAAAGAGAGCAUACAGGGCUCUCAUAGAAGCACUGAGAUUCAAUUAUGAUAAUUGGAAGCUCUGGGAGAACGUGAUCAUAGUAAGCAUGGACACGGGUCACUUUGAGGACGUGAUACGCGGUGUGCACCGAGUGUUGGACAUCCAGCGCAAGUUUGACGAUGUGGAGGUGUUGACUCUGCUCACGAGAGCUAUAGUGCAGGACGCUAAGGACGCUGACGGGCAUGGUGCUGCCAGAUUGCGUAAAAGAGUGCUAGAACUAUUCGGAAGGAUCACGUCAAUACAUCAAAACAAACCAGAGUUGUGGCAACUGUACUCCGACAUCAGUCCAACAUACUUGUUGAAGGCGCAGAGACUUCUAAAAGCCUACAAAGGUUUUACCCAAAGUGGCAAGUGGAAUGAUAGCCCUGAAAUUUGUCAAAAAGUAAUCGAGCUUGCACAAUCUCUCUUAGACUACAGUUUGAAAGCGAGGCAAGAGGUGGAAGAUAAAGACAAACUACAAGCUGAUCAGCAACUGUCUUCCGCCAGGCUAACGGGACAGGCCGUUAUAAGAGCUGUGGAAAAACAAGAUUGGCCAGAAACACGGGACAAUCUUGAAAAACUGAAAGAGAUGUUUAGUAACGUUACUGAAUACAUGAAAUCGAUAGUUUAA